AUGGUGAUAGCUAUCUCCCUUGGGAUUUUGAUCAGCGCGACAGAAGUUGGACUAGCCUCAGAAGCGAUCGGCAUGACGAAGUCGACUGAUAGAUUGGACCUGUCUCCCUGUGCUCAACAGAUUUUUGAGUCAAACCGGGGGGGAGCAGCAGAUCACCUGAAGGCUUCCAAGAUUCGAUAUGACAAAUUACACGCGAAAAUUCAGAAGUCAAUCACUGAUGGAAACUUCAUUCACGUGGAGGAUGGCGAGAGUGACGAUCUUUGGCAAAAUAUUCUUGGAAUAAUGAGAGGUUUGGUCCCCACAAAAGUAUUCUUACACGGAGGUUAUUGGAAAGUCCGUGAGAAAUGUGCACAUGUUAUGUGGGAUUAUUUCUGCGCAGUGUUUGGCAUCAAAAAGCCAGAAAUCUUGCUACUUCAUGCGAACAAAAAAGGUAGCUUUCAGCCAUUUGACAAUGCUGAAGGCAACGGCCUUCUUGAAAUUGAAGAUAUUGAAGAUCUAAAAAAAUCGAGUCUAGACCUCACCAAGGAGGAAUACAAGGAGAAAAUCGACCAAGCUGGUAACAGUUUGCGAGAAACUCUCAAAAAUAACGAUUUCACCACCAUUGCCUUGAAGACAGCACCCGCUGGAUUGGUCGACAUCAUCGAGGAAUUCAAGGACAAAGUCGCGAUCAUCUGGACAGGACCAGUUGAAAGAAAACCCAAAUCGUCAAGCUGGGUGAUCAAGUACAACUAUUAUCAAGCCCCAGUGGAAGGAGACAGGCUACUAGCCAUGGGAGUCCCAAUCAUCAUCACCAGUCCCUGGAUUGCAAACGCCAGAAUGAACGCAAUCGUAGAUAAACAGUUCAUGUCGGCAUACCGAGCGCUCUUACCCAAAGACACAAGCUUCCUGCCAACCGAUCUCAGCUUUCCGGGUUUCAAAAAUCUUGCAAACAUCUCGGUGGAACAGAGCGCCAAGUUUUCACAGUACAUCUUCUCCCUGGCUGACGGGUUAAGAGAGAAAAUGUUUGACUUGAAUAAAACGCUAACAAAACAACUUCAAAGUGAUAAGGAGGAUAUCCAUCACCAAAACCUAUCGAAAGGCGAUCUUGAAAAAGCCUUGAAAAAGGCUGAAGAUACUUAUUUUUCGCAAACGCUGCUGGCAAAACGUUGGGAAAAACUUUCCUCUCUGAACACGGAGAAUAAGAUCUUCCGAGAAUUCUGUCCAGUCGAUCAUGCUGUUCAAGUGGUAAGCGACCCGGCAUUGAAGGAGUGUGUCGGAGAGGUGGUGGAAGUUGAGAUGAAGCGACCUGACCCAGCUGGAGAUAAACUUGCCAUAGAAGUCAAGCCAAAGUUGGGUUCAGAUAUUUUUAUCAUCAGCCAAAUGUUUUCACCACCCCUUGAGGACCAAAUUCAGCAUGUCAUUGAUUGGAUGGCAGGAGGCGAGAAAACAAAAGACCUCUUGACUGCUAGCUCAACACAAACUCCAAAGGGCAUACCCAGUGAAGUUUAACAGUCUCCAUUUCCACAAGGAUGUUUGAACUUCAACUGUGACCACAGAAGCUGAGGAUUGAAAACCUCCAAAAAUGGGAUGUUGGCCGCGACCCAUGCAAGGCCUUCCACGAUCCAAAAAUUUCCACUUGGCCUUAAUCGACUGAAGCUACAUUCACUUUAUCAAUUCUUUUUUAGAUUCAAGCUCCCUUUAGUUUUCUGAGCUUGAAUUUUUUUUCUUCCUUUUUUGGUACAUUUGCCUUACAUGUGAUCUCUCUUCUCAUUGUUCCUUCAUUAUCAAUUUUGAUAACUUAUCUCUAGAUGGUUUCAGUUUUCAGAUUCAUUCUUAAACUGAUGAGAUAGAGAAUGGCAGCAGUUUUGUUGAAAAAUAGGGCUUAAAGCCAGAUAAAAA